ACGAAGAAGACAUGACUAUACAAGAUGUUUCUAAUGUGUGGAUAUUCGAAUCUAGAUAUAGGAUUGAGGUUGACGGUGCGCCUGCAGGAAAUUGGGUACUCUUGGGCGGCAUUGACAAUUCGAUAGUUAAAACGGCAACAAUUACAGAUAAGGAUGCUGAAGAAGAUAAAUAUAUAUUCCGACCUUUGUCAUUUAUCACAACGGCAGUUCUGAAAGUUGCGGUGGAGCCAGUAAAUCCAUCCGAACUGCCAAAAAUGUUGGACGGAUUGAGAAAAAUCAACAAAAGUUACGCUAUACUUAUUACGAAGGUCGAAGAAUCGGGCGAACAUAUUAUUCUUGGUACAGGAGAAUUGUAUUUAGACUGUGUUUUGCAUGAUCUUCGAAGGAUGUACGCCGAAAUUGAGCUCAAGGUUUCUGACCCUGUUGUUAGAUUCUGUGAAACAGUCGUAGAAACAUCGGCAUUAAAAUGCUUUGCAGAAACUCCUAAUAAAAA